AUGGCGACUUCUCAUCUUCGUGGACUGAGGGAAAGCGUGUGGCUGGAGCAGGCCAAAUACGAGCAAGCAGAGGGAAGAUAUCAUGAGGCGCUGGCCCGCAGCAGAGCUGGGCUCUCUCAGGGGGCGGUGUUGAGGACAGGAUCCUCUGGAGUGAGUGAUUCCAUAGAGGCCACAAUGACUAUGAUCCAGCAGUCCUUGUCAGCCAACCCUCAGGUAACUGGUCGUCGAGUUGACCUUGAGAACAGAGUAGCAGCUGUAGAACAAGAGAAUGUGCAGCUGAAGGAAGAGCUUGUGGAAAUGAAAGGGAGAAUUGCGGCUCUUGAAGCUCGAUUUGGGGCACCUCCUCCGCCUCCUGAAAACCAGAAGAAAACUGAUGAGGAAGACUUUGACCUUUUCGGUGAUGAGGAGGAGGAAGAGGAAAAUGAAAAGGAUGUGCCAAAGCCAAAGCCAGCUAAGACCAAAAAGGGUCCAGUUGUGGCCAAGUCAACACUUGUUCUUGAUGUUAAGCCGUGGGACACUGAAACUGACAUGAAGGAAGUGGAGCGGCUAGUCAGGGACAUCACUGUAGAUGGUCUGCUGUGGGGAGCUUCGAAACUGGUGGAUGUGGCUUUCGGUAUCAAAAAGUUGCAGAUAUCAUGUGUUGUUGAAGAUGAAAAAGUGGGUGUGGAUUUCUUAGAGGAGAGCAUUACGGCAUUUGCGGACCACGUUCAAAGUGUGGAUGUUGCAGCCUUCAAUAAGAUCUGAACUGUCCUUUGCAUACAUAAAAGUCUCAGCACCAACCAACAUGUGUUUAUGCAAUUUAAGCGCAUGCGUAGAUACGAGAGACUGUACUAUUGCCUAUGGUUGCAUUUCCUGUUAUGAUAAAG